AUGACGACGACGACGACGCAUCAUCGUCAUCGCGUCCUCGCAGUCGUUCCCUCUUCCUCCUCGUCGGAGAAUACUAAUCGAAGAAGAAUUCUUCGAAAAACGACGAUUACUCCCCGAGCGACGACGAACGCGUCGUCCUUUCCGGGGAAGAAGAAGAAAAAAGAAGAUUCUUCCUCGGAAGAUCAUCAUCACGAACAACAAGACAACAAGAACAACAAAUCAUCGUCUUGGUCCGGGUGGAACUCGGCGACUUCUAACGCUUCUCACCACGGAGAGCGUCCUCUGAGCGUGAACCGAGCGAUUCGAACGUUCGCCGGGAACGCCGCGAGGACCAUGAUGGUCGCCUCCUCGAAAGGAGGAGGAUCGGCCUCCCUGUUGUCCCUUGGGACGACGUCGUCCCAAAAGACAAAUGCGAGGAAGGGGGGCACGAAAUCCGCGAAUUCGUCAAACAACAACAACGCGAAGAAAAAUAAUAUCACGAACAACAACAACAACAACAACAACAACAGAUUGAACGCGCUGUCCGUGGAAGAGAGCGAUGUAGUUGCGACGAGUGAAGAAGAAGAGGAAACGAGAACAGAGAAAGGGAUGGCGUUUAUCGCGAAGAUUACGAAUGGAUCUAUCGUUCCUUCGGGCGGUUUGAACGCUACUAAUUCUUCGGGAUCGAAAAUGUUGGAGAAGGAGGAAGAGGCGAAGAAGACUUUUUCGAGUGGUGGUAGGAAUAAAGGCGAUCAAAUUAUAGGCAGAGAUAACGUGAGGAUUGCAACGAGCGAGGACGAUUUUGAAGUGGUUGCAAAUUUGAGAGCGACUGCUUUCUACGACGAUCUUACGGAACGACAAGCGCUGCCGUUCCCCCCUCGGUUUACGCCAACGUUUCACCGAGAGUUUGCGCAGAGGGAAAGAAAGGCGUUGGCGGAGAGAGUGGUGAGGCCGACGUCGGCGUGCGCAAAGUGCGUGUGUUUGGUGGCGGAUGAUUCGGGGGAACAUUUGGUCGUGGAGAGGUUGAGAAAUAGCUCCUCAGCGGUGAUUGGGUGCUUGGACGUUUCCAUUCGGCACAAUCCGCAAUCGAGUUCGACUCGGUACCAGUCGUCAGCCGCGGGAGUUGUGAACACAAAUGAUAGCAUUAAUAGAUAUAAUAGCGGUCCCAAAACGGAAACGUUUGUAUAUGUGGACAACGUAGCUGUCGCGCGACGCGCUCGGCGUCGAGGCGCGGCGAAGGCGUUGCUUGAAGCUGCUUCAAACGAAGCCAUCUCGUGGGGCGCGAGGGAGAUGUUCACGCACGUGCACUGCGAAAAUGCGGCAGCGAGACGUUUGUACCACGCGUACGGUUUUAGAGCAUGCGUUCCCGAAGUCGAAGAGAAUGUAUUAACAGGAAGAGGAGAAGGAGAAGAUGGAGUGACGACGAUGACGACGACAUUGGCGAGUAUUAAUAGCAACAGGUUCGGUCGACUGGCCGGCCUCGUCAUGAUCCGAGCGCCAUUGCCGUUAAAAAGGAAAAAGGAAGACGUACCGUCGUCCGAAUCGUGCGAUUGCGGAUUCGAAAUGAUUGAAGAAAUCGACGAGUGCGUUUGCGGGAAAUCAAGCUGCAAAGAUCCGUCCAAACGCUUGAUUUCUCUGUAA